AUGACGUCACAUCGGUUGCAACGCUGGGCCAUAACGCUCAUGACAUAUAAGUACGAUGUCAAAUAUCGCAAAACUGCUGAAAAUGGAAAUGCAGACGCGCUAUCACGACUACCGCUAGGGCCUGAUGAGGAAUUUGACAAACAAGAAGCCUGUUUAAACGUUAAAACAAUUAAUACGCCGAUAGAUCCAGACGUUAUUUUAAAGCACGCCGGGAAAGAUGCAAUUCUACGCCGAGUUACAGUCUUUGUCAAAAAUGGGUGGCCAGAAAAGCAACCUCCUCAAGACUCUGAUCUUCGUUCAUUUUUCAAUAGGAAAAAUUCUUUGACAAUAAUUAACAAUCAUCUAUGUUUUCAAGCGGAACAUACCCGUGUAGUUAUUCCAGCAUCUUGGAAACAACAAAUUCUUCAAUUACUUCAUGAUGGUCACUGGGGUACAUCCAGGAUGAAACAAUUAGCCAGACAACACGUAUGGUGGGUGGACAUCGACAACGAUAUCGCCAAGCUCGCAGCAAAGUGCGACAUAUGCAAAGCUGUAAACCCUGGUCCAGCACGAGAAUACGAAGGUUGGCCUGAACCAAACCAUCCAUGGGAAAGGGUCCACAUCGACUUUGCAGGUCCGUUUUUCGGUUCUAUGUGGCUCAUUUGUGUGGAUGCAUUCUCGCAAUUUCCAUUCAUUACUCAACUGACGACUACAACUACAGCUGAUACAAUUUCUGCGCUAGCUGCAAUUUUCGCUAUCGAAGGAAUUCCAAAAACUUUCGUAAGUGACAACGGUGCACAGCUCAUAUCAGAGGAGUUUAAGAUUUUCUGCGCUCAGCUGGGUAUUAAGCACUUAACUAGCGCACCGUUCCAUCCGGCAUCUAACGGUCUUGCUGAAAGAUAUGUUAGGACGUUCAAAUCCGCCGUGAAGAAAAACGUUGACGACGGACUACAGCUAAGAGCAGCUGUAACAAAGUACUUAUCGACAUAUCGUUCCAUGCCUAACGCUGAUGGAAAAUCGCCUGCCGAAAUUCUACAUGACAGACCGGUACGAACUUUGUUAAGCCAGAUUUUCGAGACAGCGAAGGUAAAAACAAAAGAUGGAGCACGCAAAAGCAAGUUCUGCAUAAACGAACCGAUCUUCGCUCGAAACUACGCUAAAGGGGAAAAGUGGUUACAAGGCAUAAUUACAAGGCAACUCGGAAAAAUGCUCUACGUCGUGAAGACUUCCUGUGGGUACUUGAAACGACAUGUAAACCAACUUAAAUCCAGGUUUAGCACCAACGUAAGUUCUCAAACAGAAUCAGAUUUGGUAGCUUGGGAUCCGAAAGCAGACGACUCUACACCGACACCUGACGCACCGAAUGUGCAGCCUAUGGAAGAUAGCUCAUCACAAGGGGAUCUCCAACUUCGCAGAAGCACACGCACUCGACAGAAUAUUAAUCGCUAUGAAGCGAAAGAUUUUCGAAAGAUUAAAUCAAACACAAAAAAUUGCGUACAACACAAUGAUAGAAGCUGUGAACAGUGGAUCUGA